AGUUUUCUGGAAUCUAUAAUGAACGGGUGCGGGAAUCUGUUAAGGCAAUCUAAUCAGAAGAGUCCUAUACCCUACGGGUCAGGGAGCAUCCAGAGAUGGGGCCCUACGUGCAAGGUCUGUCUCAACAUGUAGUUACCAACUAUAAGCAAGUAAUUCAACUCUUGGAGGAGGGAAUAGCAAACAGAAUCACAGCAGCCACCCAUGUUCACGAGGCCAGCAGCAGAUCCCAUGCCAUCUUCACCAUCCACUACACUCAGGCAAUCCUGGAAGACAACCUCCCUUCUGAGAUUGCUAGCAAGAUCAACCUUGUGGACCUAGCAGGCAGUGAAAGAGCAGAUCCCAGUUACUGUAAAGACCGGAUUACUGAAGGAGCCAAUAUCAACAAGUCUCUUGUGACUCUGGGAAUCGUCAUUUCCACCUUAGCCCAGAACUCCCAAGUGUUCAACAGCUGCCAAAGUCUCAAGAGCACAGCAAGCACUGGUGGUGACAGUGGAAUUCCUGUCUCUUCCGGAACGGACAAUAGAAGGGUACCCUCCCAGAGGCAGUCUUACAUCCCUUACCGGGACUCUGUGUUGACCUGGCUGCUGAAGGACAGUCUUGGCGGCAACUCCAAAACUAUCAUGGUUGCCACUGUGUCUCCUGCACAUACUAGCUACAGUGAGACCAUGAGCACACUGAGGUAUGCAUCAAAUGCCAAAAACAUCAUCAAUAAGCCACGGGUAAAUGAGGAUGCAAAUGUGAAGCUCAUCAGAGAACUCAGGGAAGAGAUUGAGAGACUGAAAGCCUUGCUGCUGAGCUUUGAAUUGAGGAACUUCCGUUCAUUAAAUGAUGGAAAGGACGAAAAUCUGAAGGAGCUAGUUCUCAAAAAUGAAGUAAAGAUAGACAAGCUGACUAAAGAAUGGACCCAGAAGUGGAAAGACUGGCAGGCCCUCCUGGAACAUUACAGUGUGGACAUCAACAAGAGGAGGUCUGGGGUGGUCAUUGACUCCAGUCUACCACACCUGAUGGCCUUGGAGGAUGACGUGCUUAGCACAGGUGUUGUGCUGUACUACCUCAAGGAGGGGAUAACAAAAAUUGGAAGAAGCGACUCAGACCAAGAACAGGACAUUGUUCUUCAGGGUCAGUGGAUUGAAAGAGAUCACUGUACAAUCACCAGCACCUGUGGAGUAGUCAUUCUUUGGCCUGCACAGGGGGCACGCUGCACAGUCAAUGGCCGUGAGGUCACUGCCUCCUGUCGUCUGACUCAAGGAGCUCUCCUAACACUGGGGAAAGCACAAAAGUUCCGAUUCUACCACCCAGCAGAGGCUGCUAUCCUGCGACAACAAAGGCAGGUUGGAGAGAUUUAUGGUAGUAGUGGCUCUUUGGAAUGGCUGGACUUGGAUGGAGAUGUCACUGCCUCCCGGCUGAGUCUCUGCCCUUCACUUUGGAAGGACAGGAGAAUACUGGAAGAGCAGUGUGCUGAGGACCACCAGCCACUGAGGGAUGGAGAGACAUCCCACAGAGCCCAGAUUCAGCAACAGCAGUGCUAUGUGGAGGCCUUGAGGCAACAAAUCUUAGCAGGACAGAUUAGAGCUGAGAAGGAACUGAAAUUCAGCCAGACUUACAUCAGCCAACAGAUUAAAGACAACCAGCGGUGGCUGCUCAGAGAAGAGACCUUGCUGGCCAGCUUACAGGAACAGCAACAAGAAGACUGUGGAGCAGGGAACGAACUUGAGGCCUCUGUGGCACCUGAUGCUUGGCUUCAGACAGAUCCUGAUGCUCCAUCAUCCCCACUGGUCCAAAAACAGAAGAGACUGGUGCAACUGCAGCUCCUGCGGAGACACGCUGUUCGGGCAGCAGAAGGAAACAUCUGGCGUAAAAAGGUCUUAUUCCAGCUAGACAGAAUCAUCAGGAAGCAGAGGCUUCUGGAGGCCCAGAAGAGACUGGAGCAGCUCAGGGCAUUGUGCUGGUUCCAGAAUGACAGCAGACACAAGUCCUCAUGCUUGGUCCCCAACUCUAAUGCCACAGUCCCAGGGCCUCGAUGUAGAAGCAAAUGGACAAGUUGCAGUGCUUUGAACCUCCAAAGGCUCUACAGCCAGCAUUCACCCCACCUACACAGGGUUUUUCUAAAUUGGGAUCUCUCUACUAUGUUACCACCUAUGCCUGACCCUACUCAUCACAUAUCAGAGAAAACACCAUCAGAAUAUAAUUUUCCCCAGCCUGCUGCUUACCCUCCAAGUACAAGGUGUCUCUGCAAGAAUGGCCUCCGUUCCUCAGGCCUGGAGCAGCUCUACACAGCCAGAGGAGCCUUCACCAGGAAGGGAGCCUCAACUUCACCCACCUGCUUCACUGUGAGCAGUGAGUCUGUUGACAUUCAGGAAACAGAGAGAAUGGGUAAAUGGCCCUGUCGGAUGGUAUCCCAGGGCUUAACAACUCUGUGCCAGUCAGCUAACAUGCUAAAGCCAAGGAAUGAACCAAAGACUCUAACCCCUACCUCCCAGACCAGAAAGGCUAAGGGACUAGUGGACUCCGGCAACAUACAAGCUGGGUGGCAAAAAGAAGAGAACCGUGGGAUCCAUGAGGCUGCUAAGGGAACCAGUUGCGGUUUCUCCUAUCCCCAUAGACCCAAGCAGGCAGCUGAGCAUGGAAAAAUACCCAAGGCCUUUCAGGCAGAAUCCAAACCACCUUCUCCAAACAGGACAUCGAAAAGACAUCAGAGGGUGCGGGCAGCUAGGGUCAGAGACAUUGCCAAAAAUUCUUCUCAUUUGUCUAAUAGCAGUCCUUUGAAGAGACAAUGCAGUGUAGAGGAUCUAGACACUAUGACUUCACUUACAGAUUCCAGCCCCGUAGUGGAUUGUGCCGAAGAAAAAGAAAAUGAUUUAUCUGACACAGAUAGCAAUUAUUCAGUGGAUUCUCUCUCCUUUGUCUAUGCUAAAUCCUCAUUGUUGGAGCUACUGAAGCCAGAGGACCCUCAAGGAAAGUGGGAUCACCCAGAGCCAGAGAACUCUGAAAGUGACAACAGCCAAAUAUCCGAGGACUCAUUGGCUGAGAAGGGGUACCAAAGCCCACAAGAAAGUCCUCGGGUCAGUCUUCCCAUCAAAGACCAUGUUCACCCAAGGACCCGAGCUGGAACCUCUGCGCAGGACUUUACCACAUCCUCAGACUGUGGUCUCCUUGCUCACAGGAGCUUUUCCUUGGAUAGUCUAAUCGAGGUUGAGAAAGAACUGGGGGAAUAUCAGCAGGGGGUGACUUUUCUUGAUUCAUCUGAUGAGAUGCCCACAGAGACUUUCUGGCACCUGCAGAACUCCAUUCUGCCUAUAGUAGACCAGAAGGCAACAUGCAGACCUGGGUCCAUCUAUCACAGAACAGGAGCUAUGCUGAAUGCCAUCCUGCCAACGAGCAGUUCAUUUUACCUCAAUCCUGAGUUCCAGCCCCAUUGCAAGCAAUCUGAGUCACAGGUGGGGGCAAGCUACUCUGAACCAACCGACUCUCUCCAAGGCAUACAGGUUUCAAGAGAGAGCCCGCUGGUGUCCAUGGAUUCCUGGUUUUCCUGUGACUCUAAGAUCAAUCCCAGUUCUUUAUGUUCAAGUCCUAAUGUCCAGGAAGUUCAACCCUGUGGUGAGGAGAAGCCUGGAUACUGGCUAAAUAUUGGAAAACUAAAGCCCUCGGGUACAGAAACAGUCCUCCAACGUAGCUCAAAAUUUCCCCAAGGCAAUACUGAACUGCCCUGCAAUGCAAGAGUUGUGUACCCAACCUCUACUUCUGAUACAUCCAAGCUGUCACUUUGGGAAACUCAAAACUUUCUUCAGCCAGGAACUGAUGGCAGCUUUCAGGGCAUAAGUAUCACUGAUACAACCCAACAGGACAGCUCCGAAGUUUCCCAUGAUUCUAGUGUGCCAAGUGUGCUAGCUCCCUCUGCCACCUCAUUCAUUUAUGUAGACGGUACCCAUGAAAGGGACUGGCCUGCUCUUCAGCAGAAGUACCUUCUUGAACUCUCUCAUCCUGUUUUGGAGGCCAUAGGAAAGCCCAGACUAGCUUUCCCCUGCCCUGAGGAAGACUCUAGUUCUUUAGGAGAAGCUUCUGGAAAAGGAGGAGAUACUCAAUUGUCAGUUGGUUCUGGGCUAUCCAGCAAUUCAAAUUCCAACAACCUUCCCAUUCAUCUAUCCAGAAUCAAGCAUUUGAGAGCAGAGAAAGAACAGAACAGUUCGAGUGCCAAAUUAGAAAUGACUUCAGAUUUCCCUAGCACUAGUGAGAAAGAGGUGAGUUGUAAUGGAGCUUAUUCAGCAGACUUAGAAUCAUUAGCUUCUGGAUCAGAGAACAAGAUACCAAAUUCCAUGAAAAAAGCAUGUGAAAUCAAACAGAAUAAUCUGAAAGAGUAUUUUCAGGGUAUCAGGAAACCUGGACUGAUAACUUCCUCUGAAGAGCAUUUCUUCCAGAAUAAUGCUUGUCGCAAUAACAUCAGUGUAGCCACCAAAACAGACCGUUGGCCCCAAGGCCAGGCUCCUCUCAGAAAAAAUAAUGCAGUUUAUCCAGGGCAAUUAAGUCAAAACAGCCACCACCACCUGCAGAAAGAAAAGGUAGACUGCCAAGAGAGCUCUAAGGAAGUAGUUGGAAGACACACAAAUGUUUCCUUUGCCUUUCCAUCAGGUCCAGAGCUGUACCUCCACUCUGCUCCCUGGAAUCCUUUCCCAUCUUCCCUGCAGCCACCUCCCUUGGAAACAUUCUACAUAACCAAAAGCAGGGAUGCCCUGACAGAAACUGCCUUAGAGAUUCCAGCUUACAGAGAAGUACAUGUCCCUUCACCACCCCCCAGAGAAGCCUGGGGCUUUGGUUACAACCACCAAGACCUCCAGGAAAAUUGUUUGAGGAAUAAUUUGCCAGUAAUGUUUCAAAAUCAAAAUUCCAAGAUUGCCUCAUCUCAGCAGGUCACAGCAGAGGGGCCAGUUGAUCUGAAUACCAGGGAAGUUUUUGGAGAGUUAGGGAAAUGUGCUGGAAAUAUUAAAGAAGAAAGUCAUAAUUCAGUUUAUGUGUUUGUUACUCAGAACAGACACUUUCUCCCUUCUACCAGCACAGAACUAUGUGAAUCUGAAAAUCAAAUUGGAAUUUUAAAUAAAAAGCACAAUCUUCUAGCACUGAAAGAGGGAGAAAAGGCCACUAAGCAGUCUCAUUGCAGUGUUUCUUUAGAUAGAUCUGUGUCUGGAAAGCCUUUCUUUUUUGUUGAUGGGUCUGGAGCAAGUGGGGAAGAAGAGCAGAAUCAGAAUGCAGUCCUGCAGCAGAUUCAGGCCUGUGAUACAAACAGACAGAUUCCUUCUGGAGCCAGGUCUGAUUUUAUCUGUAAAACAACCAGUGUAAGCCUUGAAAAGGAUGUGCCAGGGGAAACUGCUGUUUCUUCCAAGUUCAGAUCAAUGCAUCGUAGAGUAAGCAGCCACAUCCUCAUGGCCCAGGAUGAGAGUCUAACCCAAACGUGGGAAGGGAGGAAUGAAAUUGGGCUUCUUAGAAAAACUUUUCAUCCCAAAGACAUCUCAGAAGAGUUUAGGCAUCCAGGGAUAGAGUCUACCUAUGAAAGUUUUCAAUCAGUUACAUAUGCUCAGGAAAGAAACCCAAGUGAAUGCAAGGGCCCUGGAGGGUCACAAGAAAUAUCAAACUACAAAGAAGAACCUUUAGGAAAGAAACAAAAUGAAAGAAUUAAUAACACUGAUGAAAUGGCUAGGUUAAUUAGAAGUGUAACGCAGCUGGAAAAUGACAUCUUAGAAAUUGAAUCCAAGCAGAAUAAGCAGCUUCAUGCUUCCCCCAUACCAGGAAUCAGUAAGGAGUUUGUGAUCCAGGACCAAAGAGACCAGGAAAAGGAUGACCAUGUUCUGAGGCCAAACAGCUCUGGAAACCAUUUGUCCUUCAAGAAUCAGCCAUCUUCUCCAAGACAGGCAGAUGGUAUUAUUUUUAAUGAGAGUGGAACUAGGGAAAUGGAGGUUAUCAGUACUACUAUGGAUGAUCCUCAGGUACAGAGAAUCACUCUGAGCACCUUCAUGUCAAGGGAAUGUGUAAUAGAGAGUCAGUCUAUAGGAGAGCACACCCACCCAGCUAGAUUAGACAGACCUGCCAGGGACACAUGUGAUUCUUUAGAGAAAGACUCAGCUCACAGAGAGUCCACCAAUACUUCUCUUCACCCAGGGAGAAUGAAAACCUCAACUAGAACUCUGUCCUUGCAGCCCAGGCCAGAAAGGUCUGAGAAGGAUGGUGAGCUGGCAGAUGCAUCAGCAAACUCCAAAGAGCAAUCUUGGAACUUAGGAAGUCUUAAAGAACUGGAGACUAUGAAAGGUAUUUUGGAAAGCCAAAUUGUCAGACAUCUAAGUAGUUCCAAGCCAGAGGGACCAAAAGCUCAAGGUAAAGUUGAAGAAAUGGUCAUGCAAAAGGAAGGAAGCCCACAGAAUGAAAACAAUAUGGUCUUAUCAACUCAGAAACUUCCUAGUGCAAGUCAGCACCAUAUGGGCCCAUUUUUCAGCCAGGAGACCGUCUUCCCAUUACUGAGCCAGACAGAUUUCUCUACAGCUUCUCACCAAGAGCUGAGCAAUACCUUGCCCUUGCAUUCUCCAAGUCUGCCAAGAAGUUGUCUUCAUUCCCUUGAUACUGAAGAAGGCAUUUCUUCAUUUGAGUAUGUGCUGGAUUCCACAAUACUGAAAAUUCAUAACAAUCCCUUGGUAACUGAAAUAGAUUAUCAGAACCAGAGUGGAGAGUCCAGAAGCCACAGCCCUCAGGGAAAUGAUAGAGGGGGCUCCACCAUGGAACACUCUGCUUGGUGUGGAUCUGUGAUACGUCGAGCCAUGGGAUCUCAUGGUCAGUCUAGUGCUCCAGAGAACAUUCCCCUAGGGACAGAGGACAGGAUAACAGCAAGCACCAGCCCUCAACACCGACAAGAGGAACUCAGAAUCACUUUGAUGGAAUUGAGUACCCAGGAAGGUUUUGGUUCUGAAACUGAGACACCUGUACCAAAAGAAAUACAAGCCCAUUCCUUGAACAGCAUCUCUAGACAGCUUGAAAAGAGGGUCAGCUUCCCCUUAGAAGAGGACAGUGACCGAGACCAAGAGGCCAGGCAAAAGGCAGAGAAGGAAUCUGAGAACCCAGGCUCCCCUACCAGCAGGGCUUAUUUAGCACCUGUUUCCCUGCCUAGGGUGCCUGAUCCACAGCCCAGGCAGUCGGAGCAUUCUGUAUCUGUAUCCAUGUGCCUGGCUAUCUUGGAGGAGGUCAGACAGGCAAAGGCCCAGAGAAAGCCUAAUGACUUUGUGACUUGGGGAACAGUCCUUCCUUACUAUGAAACUUCACUAGAACCUGAGUGUUCUUCAGGGGCCACUGGCAGGCCUCAGGGUAAGCAAAUGGAUCAGUUAGUGUCAGAUGAGACCAGGAAGGAGGGUGAAGCAGAGGGAUUGCAUGUGGCAUUUCUGUCUACUGCACCAGGACAUCUGCUGACUGAUGAUGGGAAAUCGCAAACCACACCGCUCUGUGAAAACAGCUUUCCAUCUCUGCCUAACCCUGAGACUAACAGAGGACCAUGGCCUCCUUCACAGGCUUCCUCUCAUGUUGCCCCUGCGCUAGGCAAAGGGCAUUGUACUGGAGAACUGAGAUAUGUCCUUGGAGCAAGUGAACAGUUUACAUAUCACCCUGGUUCUUCUGAAAUCAUAGAGAAAAAGAAAGAAGUACCCAGAACACCUUCCUAUGCUGAUCCUUUGGCCUUCAAUGGACUUUUUUCACCAUCUGUGGAGGGAGACAGGAGAGUGGAAUUAGAAAGAGUGGUGUCUGCCUUUUCUUCUCAGGCCCCUUGUGAUGAUUUCGGGUUGAUUCUGCAUGAACAGACCCAGUCAGCUACAGGGGAUAGUACAGAGGACAUGUCUCGUGAAAGUUGGGACAGCAGCCCAGAGCACCAGGAACUUAAAACUCGAGGCACCACAUAUGAAGGAGGCUUGGGUAACGUCUCUGUGAGUGCACAGGAAAAAAAAACAACCCAUUUUGAAAGUCAGCCUGUGAUCUAUAAUAUUCAGAAUACUUCAAGCUGCUUAGGGCCUAAGCAAGAUCAUGUCCAAUGCCGUGAGGUUUCUAGUGACUCAGAAGAAGGGAGAAAAAGUCCAAAACAACAUGCUGUUCUGCCUGGAGGCCUGGGAAGGGAUGAAUUGGAAGCUCCCACACAGCAGCCUGGGACGUGGAAGGGGAGUGUUGGGUCUGGGCUGGCAGAAACCUGUAUGUUUGGCAGCACAAAUCCCAGGCCAAUUCCAUUGCAAGAUCAAAGACCUAACCCAGAUCCCAGGGGACUUGAGGACAAGACCCCAUGCAGAUGCCCAGAGGAAACCAGAGAUCCCCUUGUCUUCUCAGGGAAUACUGAAGGCAGCAGGACUCUCAGUCCAUCUAGUGGGGAGGAAGAGAGCAGAACUGUUCCUUUUCAACAACCCUGCAAUUCUGAACUCAUUGCUACUCAUACCUGUUCUUCCCAUUGUUCCACAUUACUGUUUUAUAGAGAUGGUGACAUGGGGAAGGGAAUUUCUAAGGCUGCCCUACAUCCUAUCCACCUACCCUUCAUAGUAGCUUCCAGGGCCUGUGAAAUGGGUCAGAUAGGAGAGAGCUCUUCCAAGGAACCCUAUGUACUCUUGGCACAUGGCCUUGAGCCCAAAGGCUUUAAUAUGGAACUUGGACCAAUAGACAGUCCCACUUUUGAACCCUGUACUACAGAAUCUGUCCUAUCUUCAGCUCAAGGUCGUAGCUCCCUUUCUACCCCUGAUGUAAGGACAAGUUCCCUCAACCACUCAGCUGCUGAAAGAAGUUCAAGGCCCAUAGGGAAUCCCGAGAAAAAGGUUGCUGAGAAAACUAGCCCAGAACUUGAGGUUGCCCCUUUCCCAGCAGGCAUGUACUCUGAGCCACUGAGGAAUCUGAAAGAGAGCUCUGUAGGUGGCCAGAAUGAGCAAGUGUCUCAAACUAAGCCAGAACCACUUGGAACAACUCACACACCACACACCCUGAAUUUAAGUGAAGGGUCAGUUGAAAGUGAGCUCACGGUGGAGCCACAACUCAAAGAGUUAAGAAAAACCAUCAGAUGCCUUUCAGAAAAGCUACAAUCUUCCAACGAGUCCAGGGAUCAGAAUUGCUUGAACCCCGCUGCCAAAUUUGUAACAAGGUUAAAACGUAUCUGCUAUCCUCAGGUUGACAGUCUUUGGGAGGAGGAAGAGCAGCAGAGAGACCAGGCUUUAGGAGGUGGUGAGGACCCUGUCCAGGACAGGAAUUCCUUACCCUCUAAGGAAGGUGAUUUGGACAGCUGUUACAUUAGUAGUGCUAGGACAGAGGAGGUGGCUGUAACCAAGACUUCCAUGUCCCAGACUUCCUUAUCAACCUUUGAAGACCUAGCUUUUGUGCCUUUGGAGCAAAGUAAAGUUCCACAGCCUGCUACCCAGAGGCCUAGCCAGCCCUACUCUGGUAAGGAGCAGCUAUCUCCCCACCAUAAGUGCUCACUUCCUGUGAUUGCAGUCUUCUCUGGCCCCAAACACUCCAAGUCUUAUCUCAGAUCUCAGUUCUCUGUGGUCAGCUCAUCUCGAUCUCUUCAGGAGCUGAGCAUGAGUGUGGAGCCUGGUUCUCCUACAGAUGAAGAUGCAUUGGAGCCUAACAGAUUGUGGAACCCACAUCUUGAGAGCUAUUCCUUAGAAAAGCAGGUGUCAAGAACAUCUACAAAGGCUGAGGAUUGUAGUCAGAAAGUUUCAUCUAACUUGAACAAUGACCCUGCUGAUCACAAGCCCCUGAAACCUAUCACCCCUCCAUACCCAACGUCUUCCACACGCUCAUGCAUGCCAACCCCUAAUUUAAUGGCCAACUGGAUGUCUAGUUCUUUGGAACAGGCCCAACAAGCAAAGCCAGAGAAACUGAGUGUCCAGAGUAGGCCAGAGAAUUGGUGCUCUCAGAUGGACAAAGAAAUGCUGCACUUUGACUCCAGUGACAUCAAUCCUUACAUUCUGCCCUGGUGUCCAGAGGAACCUAUACACAUUGGUUGGAAACAAUAUGUGUUUGGUAGUACAGUUGAUGUCUCCUGUACCCAGAAACCCCAUGGCCUGAUAUCAUCAAAUGUGGCCAGGAGUUCCAGCAUGGACAGUGGCCUAGAAGAACAGAGCUCCCCUUUCCACUCUCACCUCAGCACUUUUGCCAAAACUCAGGACCUAUCAAGCACACAUGGCAGCAUUGAUAAUGUCCAAGGUUCAAAUGAGGCCUGGGAAGUAUGCAGUUCCUUGUUUCCCUUCAAGGACUCCCACAUCCUUUCAGGUCGUGAAGGAGUAACCUCCACUUUGAGUCCUGACAAGACAACCCAGUUCAAGGGCCCCAUUGAUGAAGCAGGCUAUCUGAGGAGUGAGCUCCCGCUGGCUGAAGGAAGUUCUGCAGGUCUCCUUGAUGAGAUGGUGCUGCUGUAUCCAUCAGAGGCAGAAUGCCCUGUGGGACUGGCUGGAACAAAUACCUUUGAGCAAGGCACACAGACCCUGGGCUGUAGGCUCCACCAGAGCUGUGCCAGCAUCUCCUCUGCUCAGCUGGAAGCCAGUACAGGGUCAGCCUCUGACCUGGCCUCUUGGACCAGCAUGCAUAACUUGUCUCUCCACCUCUCACAACUCCUGCACAGUACCUCAGAGCUACUUGGGAGUCUUUCCCAGCCAAGUGUGGCCCAGAAAGAGCAGAGCACCAAAAGGAACACCCCAGUUGAGGCUCCACAGGCCCUUAUGACGGAUGGUACUACUCAGACCACUGUGGAUGAGGGAAGCCAGACUGAGCUGGUUUUACCCACUCUGUGCCUCAAGACCUCAGAGACCAAAUCUCAGGAAGUCAGUGUGAUCCUUGAAGAGCUGGGCUCAGAUAUCUCAGCCAAGUCUCAACAAAAGGGAGAUGUCCCAGGGGCACUUCAGAGGACUGAGGCCGAGGAAACAGCAUGGAAAAUGGCAACACCCCCAGAUCUUCAUGAAGAAAGCACCUACCACACGCUGCAGAGCCCUCUAAUAUCCUCAUCCCACAAAAGGGAAGUUCUGCCCAACCUCCUUCCUAUAAGCCCACCAGCAUCUCCCAAUGCUUCCCUGCCUCCCAGUUCCCAACCAGAGGAAUCUUCUUGCAUGAUUGUCAACAGCCCCAACUGCAGCCUCUGUCUUACCCCCAGCCUCUUCCCCAGUACUUCAGGGGGGUCCACUCAGGAACCUGAGGUCCAGGAGAAGUUGAGUCCAGGGAGUGCCUUGAUGGUAGACAGGGCCUCUUCCCCAAUCCUCACAUUUAGUGCCAGCACACAGGAGUCAGGUCUGCUCCCAGGUGCCCUGAGUCUCUCAGCUCCCUCUGAUUAUGCUCUUGAAGGCCACCAGAAGCUUGAUUCCAGCCCAGACCUUGUUUGUGGUGCUUCAAGACCUCCAAAGGGUAAUUAUUCUCAAAGCGCUGAUGAGUCAGGUGGUUCCCAGAGAGUUGAGAGUCUGGGUAGAGAAGGCUCAAGUCACUUAGGAAGGAGUAAUGGGAAGUCAUUCCUUGAGUCAAGCUCCCCUUCCACCUCACAGCAAAGCUCCAGAAUCCAAGUUAGCUUUUUAGGGCAACCUUCUCAGCAGCUUCAGCCCAGAGCCACCACUGAGGUCCAAAAUAGACUGCCACCUCUACCACCAUGGGACAAGAGCCAGAGGCUGGCCAAUAGCUUUGUGCCUGAAGAGGUGGCUUCCCAGGGCACAGCCUGCUGAGCCCUAGGGGGCCAAGUCAGUGGCAGAGCAAGCCAGAAAGUGGAGGCGAGAGUUCAGCACUUCUGGUGGAGCCACAGCUCCCUCUGAACCUCACCUCUUCGUGGAGAAGCCUCCAGCACCUCAGCCCCCACCCUGUCUCUGAG